AUGUCAUCUGAGCACCCAUUGGCUAACACUCUAAACCUGCCAGAGGGCGUGAUCAGAGUACCAUCUCAUUGGUCCCGGCACCAUCGCCUUCCUCUCACAAAGACAAUAGCAAACAUGACAAGAAGUCAUGGCUGUAGCCACCGACUCUCCAGUGAAGAUUAUUCUCGUCUCAAGCUACUGUGCAUUUUGGAGGGUCCUGGCGCAGUCGUUCUCUCACACGCUCUGAAAUGCGGUACAAAUAGAAACAGGUCUGUCACCAUCGCUGAAUACCUAACGAACUCAUCACACACCUCGACGGCCAACUACCAUAAGCUCGAUGAUGAGCAAAAGAGAGGAGAGUUUACCGGUCCUGAGAAAAUUCAGAUUUCUAAUGACCCAUCUUGCCAGAGCUUCGAAAUAUCACUGCUCCACAAGUGUAUAAGACUGAUCUGCGAAGAUGUAGCAGAUCUACAGGAUUCACGCUGGCAAGAUGAUGUACAGAUGGAAGGUUUGAUCACUAAGAUAGAGCAAGUGAAAACUUCCCAUAUGCAUGAGAGUUUUCAGAUCACAGAUGAACAGCAGUUUUUGGCCAAAGUUGAAGACCUCAAGAGCCUCUUCAUUAAAGCUCUUCAGGCUAUCAAUGACAAGUACAAAGUUAGUGAAGAUGAGGCCAAAAACGUCAAUGACAGGAUAAUAGGCCAGAUACAAGAUAUAUUACAGGCUGUUCCAGAAAAAGCUAUCUUUAAGAUGACUUUGAACCAUUUCAAGCACCCUAGCAAAACACCCGCCUCGGACACAGUUCUACGCGCCAUAAACAGGAGUCAUCUAGAGAAGUUUAUCGGUAACCUGAGUAUUGAUUGUAUAUCACUGCUCCCCGAUAGCUUGAAGGAGCUAUGCCUGUCCAUAUCUUAUGACCAGGAUGCUACCGGACUUUUAGCUGCCCUCAACAGAGCCACCUCCUAUCUGUCUAACCUGCGCUGGCUGCGUAUACACAUUCCUAUGGUGAUCGAAACAACAGCGGCAGUUUUUCACCACUACCAGACAUCGCAUGUGUAUUCUUGGUCUUAACUGGCAUAGAAAAAACCUGAUGAAGGAAGCAUGUCAAGUGGCGUCAGCUCUUCAACCUAUGAAGAAAGGGUAUUUUGCCAUUUCCUUUCCUUGGAGCAGGAUGGAAGCAGCCGGAUGGCGGGAUUUAUUUAACCACCUGACUGCAGCAGAAAUUAGUGUGGGAUGGGGAGACAUUUGGAUACCAAGAGGAACAGACACGUUUGAGGAGAAAAGGGAACUGAGCAACCUUGCUAAAGCUCUGUGGCAGUGUAGGGUGUGGAGGGUACCUGACGAGUGGUGCUUUCUACCAUAUUCCGAUGAUGAUGAUGAUGAUGAUGAUGAUGAUGAUGAUGAUGAUGAUGAUGAUGGCGAUGAUGAUGGUGAUGAUGAUAAAGAUGCAAAUGUUGAUGGAUGAAGACAUGGAGGAGGUGGAAGAGAAAGUACUAUAAGAAAGAUGGUACUGAUGAUACUUGGAAAUGUUUUGUAAUUAAUCUAAGUGAUAUAAAUUUGAUGAAUUGUUAACUGUUGAUAACAAAUUAUUAUUAUUAUUAUUAUUAUUAUUAUUAUUAUUAUUAUUAUUAUUAUUAUUAUUAAUAUUAUUAUUU